AUGGCCGCACCACAAGGGGGUUAUCCUCCCCAGGAAGGGUAUGGUCAACCUGCCGGAUAUGAGUCUCCUUCACAGCAAGCUGCGGGGCUAGCUCCUGCUCCGGCUCAACAUGGAGGUAGAAAGAAACGAGCAUAUGCCGGUGAAGCCUUCGAGCUUGGAUCCGGUGCCAAUGCUGGCCUAGGAGGUCAACUACCGGCUGGUGGUACCUACGGAGGAUACCCAGCUCAGCCACAAGCCGCAGGAUAUCAGCAACCCGUGUACGGGGCGGAUCCUACUCAGAUGCAAGCAGCUGCUCAAGGAUAUGCUGCCCCUGCAGCGCCCGCAGUCGCUCAGAUGACCCAACAGUUCGGUGCGAUGGGGGUGACCGACCCGCAUCUGAUGCCACCGCAGCCCGUUCCCCAGGCCGCCCAGGCCCCGCGACCUGUUCUCAACCAUCUUUACCCGACAGACCUCCUUACACAACCAUUCAAUGUUGCGGAACUUGACUAUCCUCCACCUCCAAUUGUUUUACCUCAAGGAACCAGUGUUUAUCCCUCCCCUACUGCCAACUGCCCCCCUAAAUAUGUCCGGUCAACGCUCAACGCUGUUCCCACCACUCACUCUCUCCUCAAGAAAUCCAAGCUGCCUUUCGCUCUUGUCAUCCAGCCAUAUGGAGCGCUCCAUGAUUCGGAAGACCAGGUCCCAGUGAUCCCAGAUCAAGUUAUCUCUCGUUGUCGCCGUUGCCGAUCCUACAUUAAUCCCUUCGUGACAUUCCUUGAUCAUGGGCACCGCUGGCGUUGCAACAUGUGCAAUCUGACAAAUGACGUACCCCAGGCCUUUGAUUGGGACACAACGCUGCAACGACCGGCGGAUAGGGCAUUGCGACCUGACCUCAACCAUGCGGUUGUUGAGUUCGUUGCACCGCAAGAGUACAUGGUGCGCCCCCCGCAGCCACUCGUCUACCUCUUCUUGAUCGACGUUAGUUAUGCAUCUGUCACCAACGGUCUCUUGGCUACGAGUGCUCGGUGCAUCAAAGAAAGUCUCGAACGUAUCCCUAAUGCGGACCGCCGGACGCGACUGGGUUUCAUAGCGGUCGACUCCAGCCUCCACUACUUCAGCAUCCCGCGCGAUGGCUCAGAAAACUCGGAUCCAAGGAUGCUCGUUGUCAGCGAUUUGGACGAGCCAUUCCUCCCUAUCCCUGGUGACUUGCUAGUAACUCUGAGCGAAUGCCGUGAAAACAUUGAAACGUUCCUGGAUAAAUUGCAGGAAAUGUUCCAGAACACCCAAAACAAUGGCUGUGCUAUGGGAUCGGCACUGCGUGCUGGUUACAAGUUGAUCGCCCCUGUUGGAGGCAAGAUGACCGUUCUUAGCUCCUCUCUUCCCAACAUUGGACAUGGCGCCCUGACUAUGCGAGAGGACAAGAAGGUUCUGGGCACCAGCAAGGAGAGCGGUCUUCUGCAGACCGCAAACAGCUUCUACAAGAGCUUUGCUGUGGAGUGUUCGAAGGCCCAGGUCUCUGUAGAUAUGUUCCUCUUCUCUUCUCAGUACCAGGAUGUGGCGUCUCUCAGCAACCUGCCUAGAUAUACUGGCGGUCAGACGUACUUCUAUCCUGGAUGGAACGCUGCACGGGGAGAGGAUGCGAUCAAGUUCGCACGGGAGUUCUCGGAAUACCUCUCGUCUGAGAUCGGCCUGGAGGCCGUCCUCCGUGUCCGUGCUACGACCGGUCUGCGCAUGAGCACAUUUUACGGUAACUUUUUCAAUCGCAGUUCCGACCUCUGCGCGUUCCCUGCUUUCCCCCGCGACCAGGCCUACGUUGUUGAAGUCGCCAUUGACGAGACGGUUACAAAACCUGUUGUUUGUAUGCAGACCGCUGUACUUCAUACUACAUGCAAUGGUGAGAGGAGAAUUCGCGUCUUGACUCUGGCUCUUCCCACCACCCAGAGCCUUGCAGAUGUCUACGCAUCGGCGGACCAGCAGGCGAUCGCUACUUACUUCAGCCACAAGGCUGUUGAACGGGCUCUCGGAAGUGGCCUGGAACCCGCCCGUGAAGCCCUGCAGGCCAAGGCCGUGGAGCUUCUGGCCACCUACCGAAAGGAGCUUGCUGGUGGAAGUGUGAGCGGCGGAGGCCUGCAGUUCCCUGCUAACCUGAGAGGGCUUCCUGUUCUUUUCCUCGCACUGAUCAAGAAUCUUGGCCUUCGGAAAUCUGCACAAAUUCCGACUGAUAUGCGCUCCGCGGCGCUCUGCUUGCUCUCAACGCUCCCCCUCCCUCUUCUCAUCCAAUAUAUCUACCCGAAGAUGUACUCUCUACACGACAUGCCGGAUAAUGCUGGCCUGCCAGAUGAGCAGACGGGCGAGAUUGUUCUUCCUCCACCGGUGAACUUGUCUUCUGAGCGGGUCGUCCCAUACGGUCUCUACCUCAUUGACGACGGCCAGACACAGUUUCUCUGGGUGGGACGUGAUGCUGUGCCACAACUUAUUGUUGAUGUCUUUGGCCUGCCAGACAAGUCGCAACUUCGUGUGGGCAAGCAAAACCUUCCUGACCUGGAUAAUGACAUGAACCAGCGCGUGCGGGCAGUCAUUGAGAAGAGCCGGGAUCACCGGUCGAAGGGCUGCGGCAGUAUUGUGGUGCCACAUCUGUACGUGGUUAAGGAGGAUGGAGAACCCGGUCUCCGACUGUGGGCACAGACAAUGCUCGUGGAGGACCGAGCCGACCAGGGCGUCAGUCUUGUGCAAUGGAUGGGCAACUUACAGGAAAAGGUUUGA